GUAACUAACUCACAGCGACCAAUGGCAAGGAUAAUGACGAGGGUGGUAUUUUAAUGUAUAUUGCCUCUUGUUUGUGGGGAAUGUUCAUUGAUACACCAUGAACGGAGCGACAUCGGUUACCACGUUGGAAGAGCAUCAGCAUCAGCAACCGCAGAACGAUGCAGCCCCCGAUCACCCAAGGAGUCCUACCAGCCCUUUGAGUAUCCGACAUGACUCGGGCGAGAGCAGCGUAAUCUCCCCAGGAUUACCGGAGCGGUAUAGUCCUUUGGGAGCGACAGGAUCGACGUCGAAUCACGAUCCUUACGCCUCGAGGUCUGUCCAAGAGUGUCCGGUUCCACUUUGCAGAGGAAUACCUACGGAUUUCCCGCUCGCGAGAUCGCCGUAUUUAACCGCACAACAACAGCAGCAACUGCAACCGCAACAUGGCAGCAAACCACCCCGCAGCCUCGGCUUGAUAUGCGUGGUCUGUGGUGAUACCAGCUCCGGGAAACAUUACGGAAUCCUCGCUUGCAACGGAUGCAGUGGAUUCUUCAAGAGGAGUGUCAGGCGGAAGCUGAUAUACAGAUGUCAAGCCGGUACCGGAAGAUGCGUCGUGGACAAAGCUCACCGAAAUCAGUGUCAGGCGUGCCGUUUGAAGAAGUGCAUGCAAAUGGGAAUGAAUAAAGACGCGGUACAGAAUGAACGGCAACCCAGAAACACUGCCACCAUUAGACCAGAGGCUCUCGUCGAGAUGGACCAGGAACGAGCGCUUCGAGAAGCUGCGGUCGCCGUCGGUGUCUUUGGACCACCUGUGUCGUUGGCCAUGGCGAGAUACACAACACCAUUGCCUUUACCAAGCAUUGCGCCGACGACGAAUUCUGCCAACCCUCCGACACCACCUCGGCAAGAUAACGAAGAUGGAAAUGCAUCCGAGGAUAGUAUAGACGUAACAAACGAAGAACCAUUGACACCCCAAAGGAGCGGUUGCACGCAAAUUCCGCCUGUGAUCCCCUCGUUGUAUUCACCUGCAAGUGCUGAAACGGUCUACGAAACCAGUGCUAGGUUGCUCUUCAUGGCUGUAAAGUGGGCCAAGAAUCUUCCCUCGUUCGCGAGUUUGCCUUUCAGAGAUCAGGUGAUACUUCUAGAAGAGGCCUGGUCGGAGCUGUUCCUCCUGAACGCAGUACAGUGGUGCCUUCCACUCGAAUCGUCGCCCCUCUUCAACUCUGCGGAACUGACUGCCUUGACUUUGUCGCCGCAUCCGCACCCCCAUUCAGGAAUCCAUAUGCAAACCACCACGGGAAAACCGAGUCAGGUGGCAGCAGAUGUGAGGCAUUUGCACGAUACCUUACAGAGAUAUAAGGCUGUCAGUAUGAAGGCCAUAGUGCUAUUUCGACCAGAAACUCGAGGCCUGAAGGAUUCCAGUCAGAUAGAAAACCUGCAGGAUCAAGCGCAAGUGAUGCUGGGUCAGCACGCUAGAGCGCAGCAACCUGGCAGUCCUGCGAGAUUCGGCAGAUUGCUGCUGUUGCUGCCUUUGCUGAGGACAGUGCCAGCGUCUAGGGUGGAACUGAUAUACUUUCACAGAACAAUCGGCAAUACUCCGAUGGAGAAAGUCUUGUGCGACAUGUACAAAAAUUAG